AUGUCUACCGACAAGAAGUUAAAAUGGCUUCCUCUAGAAUCGAACCCCGACGUUAUGAAUGAGUAUGUUCAUAAAUUAGGCAUGCACAAUACGUGGGCCUACACCGAUAUUUGGAGUCUAGAACCAGAAAUUUUACAAUUUGUGCCUCAGCCUGUCAAGGCAGUCAUGAUUUUAUUUCCCAUAACCGAUUCUCACGAGAAACACAGCGAGGAAGAAGCAAAGCGCAUCCAAGAAGUAUCUCCUGAUGUCGUGUUUUACAAACAAACCAUUUCUAACGCAUGCGGAACGAUUGGACUGUUGCAUUCUAUAGCCAAUAACGUCGACUCUAUUCAAAUUGAUGACGGACCGCUCAAACGGCUAUUGGAGAAAACUAGGAAUGGAACACCCUUAGAACGCGCCAAACUGCUCGAGGAAGACGAGGAGUUGGCAGAAGCACAUAAGUCGUCUGCUCUGACGGGACAAACCAGACCUCCAACGGAAUCGGAUAAAGUUAACACACACUUUGUGUGCUUCAUUCAGAAAGAUGGAACACUUUAUGAAUUAGAUGGCAGAAAAUCUUCCCCUAUCAAUCAUGGGCCGUGCACCGAUUUGUUAAUGGACUCUUCUAAAAUCAUCAAACAAUUCAUGGAACGUGACCCGGGAAGUCUUCAGUUUACCAUGAUCGCGCUUGCACCAAAACAAAACGACUAA